ACUAAGACCCCAGGCAACGCCCGGAGGCCCUGCUGCUCCCAGCUCAGGUGCGGAAAUGCAGUCCGGCGAGCUCCUGCCCGGACCCGGGCCGUCCCUCGGCUCCAAACCCGCCGACGGCCGCGGCGGCUGGCGCGCCGCGCGCUUCUUCCUCGCGAUCGGCUUCCUGGAGCGACUCGGGUUCUACGGCGUGCAGGGCAACCUGAUCAUGUACCUGACCGGCCCGCUUGGCAUGUCCACGGCGUCCGCGGCCGCAGGCGUGAACGCGUGGGCCGGGGCCGUCCUGGUGCUGCCGCUCGCCGGCGCGCUCGCCGCGGACUCGCGGCUCGGGCGCUACCGCGCGGUCCUCGUCGCCGGCGGGCUUUAUCUACUGAGCUUGGGCAGUCUGACGAUCUCAUCCAUGCUGCAAGCGCCGCAACCUCACGCAGCGGGGGGCUCCCCAUCUUCUACCAUGCUCGCCUUCUUCUACGUCGCGCUGUACCUGCUGGCUCUGGCGCAAGCCUUCCACAGGCCGUGCGUGGAGGCCCUCGGCGCGGACCAGUUCGCUCCGGGCGACGGCGGUGACCCGGGCGCGCCCGCGUCACGAAGCUCCUACUUCAAUUGGUUCCAUUUCUCCCAAUCGUGGGGCUACGCCAUCGCGACGGCGGGGCUGAGCUACGUCGAGGACAACGUCGGCUGGACCGCCGGGUUCGGCGCCUGCUGGGCCACGAUGGCGCUGUAUCUCGCAGUCUUCUUGCUUGGCACGCGGGCGUAUCGUGCCGAAAAACCCAUCGGCGUCAGAUCGUUCACUGAAUCCGUGCGGUUGUGGAGAGCCAGGGUCUUCCGUCGCAGUGACGCCAAAACUGAUGCCGAACGGCUUCUUCUGGCUCAAGAACAUGAGGGAGGCAAAGAACUCAUUGCGAAGCUGCUCCCGAUUUGGCUGACGAGCUUAAUCAUAGCCGUCAUCUUCUCGCAACUCUACACAUUGUUCACCAAGCAGGGCAGCACGCUGGACAGGCGCCUCGGCGGCGCGACCUCGGGCCUCGUCGUGCCGCCCGCGGCGCUGCAGUGCCUCAUGAGCGCCACCUUGGUCACCACGCUCCCGGUGUACGACCGCGUGCUGGUGCCCCUCGCCAGGCGCGUCACGGGGCACCACGCGGGCGUCACGAUGCUCCAGCGCAUUGGCGCGGGCAUGGCCGUGUCCGGCGUCGCCAUGGCCGUCGCGGCGCUGGUGGAAGGCAGGCGGCUCCGCGUGGCCAGGGACGCGGGCCUGGUGGACCGGCCAGAUGUGGCGUUGCCGAUGAGCCUGUGGUGGGUGGCGCCGCAGUACGUGCUGCUCGGAGUCGCGGCCGUGCUGGCCCAGAUCGGGCUCGAGGAGUUCUUCUACGACCAGGUGCCCGACACGCUCCGCAGCGUCGGGCUCGCCAUGUGCCUGAGCAUAUUCGGCGUGGGGAGCUACGCUAGCAGCAUGCUCGUGUCCGCGGUCGAUUGGGCGACGAGGAGCAAGGGCGAGAGCUGGUUCUCCGAUAACCUGAACCGGGCGCACCUCGACUACUUCUACUGGCUCCUGGCGGGGCUCGCCGCCGUCGAGGUGGCUGCGUUCUUGCACUUUGCGAGCAGAUAUGUCUACAGAAACGAAGUUCAGUGGGGCAGGGCGGCAGUGGGCCGCCGGCGGGGCGCGGCAGACGUGCACGGCAGGCGGGUUUCCGGCGGCCGGCGGGGCGCGGCAGACGGGCACGGCAGGCGGUUCCCGCGGCUAGCUGGGGCAGCUGCCCCACCGUGCGCGACUUGCUUCCUCGCCAUUUGGCACGAGUCAACUGAGCUCCCGGAUCCAGUUUCAUCAGGCAGCCGCCGACGGCAUGCAAACACUCCCGGCCGAGGUUCAGCGAUGGAGUCAGGCGAGCUUGUACCCCGGCCGGGGCCGUCCGUCGGCUCCAGACCCGCCGACGGCCGCGGCGGCUGGCGUGCCGCGCGCUUCCUCCUCGCGAUCUCGUUCUUGGAGAUUGUCGGGUUCUGCGGCGUGCAGAGCAACCUGAUCAUGUACCUGACCGGCCACCUCGGCAUGGCCACGGCGGCCGCCGCCGCAAGCGCGAACGCGUGGAUCGGAACUGAGAUGGUGCUGCCGCUCGCCGGCGCGCUGAUCGCCGACGCGGGGCUCGGUCGGUAUCGGGCCGUCCUCGUCGCCGGCGUGCUCUAUCUGCUGAGCUUGGGAAUGCUGACGGUCUCAUCCACGCCGCGAGCCCCGGAACCUGGCGCGGCGAGCUCGCCGUCCAUUGCCCAGCUCGCCUUCUUUUACGUCGCGCUCUACGUGCUGGCGGUGGCGCGAGGCUUCCACAGGCCAUGCGCGGAAGCCCUCGGUGCCGACCAGUUCGCGCCGAGCGACGGCGAAGACCCCAGCUCCCGCGCGUCCCGGAGCUCCUACUUCAACUGGUUCCACUUCUCCCUCUCCUGUGGCUACAGCAUCGCCACGACCGGGCUGAGCUACGUCGAGGACAACGUCAGCUGGACCGUCGGGUUCGGCGCGUGCUGGGCCAUGAUGGUGCUGUACCUCACCGUCUUCUUGCUCGGCGCGCCCACGUACCGAGCGGAGCGACCCGCCGGCGACGUCCGGUUCGCCGAGACCUUGCGGGCGUGGGCGGCGAGGGUGUUCCGUCGCAAGGACGCCGCUGGCACUGAACGGCUUCUAACAGGGGUGGAACCUGAGGACGGUAAAGGAAAAGGACUCGUCGCUAAGCUGCUGCCCAUAUGGGCGACGAGCCUGAUCUUCACGGCCAUCCUUGCUCAGGUCUCCACUCUGUUCACCAAGCAGGCCAGCACGCUGGACCGCCGCCUCGGCGUGGGCGCGGGCCUCGUCGUGCCGCCCGCGGCGCUGCAGUUCUUCUUCAGCGCCACCAUGGUCACCAUGCUCCCGAUCUACGACCGCCUGUUCGUGCCCCUCGUUAGGCGCGUCACGGGGCACCACGCGGGCCUCACGACGCUCCGGCGCAUCGGCGCCGGGAUGGCCACCGCCGGCGUCGCCAUGGCCGUCGCGGCGCUGGUUGAAGCCAGGCGGCUCCGCGUUGCCAGGGAGGCGGGUCUCGUGGACAAGCUGGACGCGGCGUUGCCGAUGAGCCUGUGGUGGAUGGUGCCGCAGUUCGCCCUGCUCGGCGUGGCGGUCGUGCUGGGGGAGAUUGGACUCCAGGAGUUCUUCUACGACCAGGUGCCCGACGCUCUCCGCAGCGUCGGGCUCGCGCUGUGCAUGAGCAUCUUUGGCGUGGGGAACUAUGUCAGCGGCGCGCUCGUGUCCGCGACCGAUUGGGCGACAAGGAGCAUGGGCGAGAGCUGGUUCUCCGACGACCUCAACCGGGCGCACCUUGACUACUUCUACUGGCUCCUAGCGGGGCUCGCGGCUCUAGAGGUGGUCGUGUUCUUGCAUCUCGCAAACCGAUACGUCUAUAGGAACAAAGACGAGCUAUGAUUUGGUCGUGUGAAGGAAGUCAGAACUAGUAGAGGGUUAAAAUCAUGGGGGAAUUGCUGAUUUAUUUCAUUUUCAUAGUUUGUAGCUUUACCUCUUCUUUUCAUAUGUGAACUCUUGUUGCGCCCAUACUCUGCUCAGGGCAGUUAAAGGUGUUUUAAAAAAUGCUUUCGCCCUCCAUUGCCUCUA